AUGGUUUAUGGUACAUCCGUUUCAGCGGUUCCGGAACAAAGCACGCAAACUACACUUGCUCGUCAACGCUCGGAGAAGUUCGUUUUUCAUCUCAGUCCUGACUACGAAGUCAUUAGCAUCAUAGGGCAAGGUGCGUAUGGUGUUGUUUGCGCUGCUAUUCACAAGAAAACAAGAACCAAAGUUGCAAUAAAAAAAGUUUGCCCUUUUGGGCAUCCGGUAUUCUGUUUGCGUACCCUCCGAGAAAUUAAGCUGCUAAAAUAUUUUCAACAUGAGAACAUUAUUUCCAUUCUCGAUAUAUUACCACCCCCAAGCUAUCAAGCUUUCCAGGAAGUGUACAUUGUCCAAGAACUCAUGGAAACUGACCUUCAUCGUGUGAUCCGUUCGCAACCAUUGUCCGAUGACCACUGUCAAUACUUUCUUUAUCAGCUAUUGCGGGCACUAAAAAUGCUUCACAGUGCGGGAGUUAUUCACCGUGACCUCAAGCCAUCUAAUCUCCUUCUUAAUGCAAAUUGUGACCUAAAGGUUGCAGACUUCGGCUUGGCUCGGUCUGUGGAUUCUCAAAGUGAUGGUGGCUUUAUGACUGAGUACGUAGCUACACGAUGGUAUCGCGCACCUGAAAUUAUGCUCAGCAAUCGCGAGUACACGAAAGCUAUCGAUGUUUGGAGUGCAGGCUGUAUUUUAGCGGAAAUGAUUUCUACGAAGCCACUGUUUCCCGGCAAGGAUUAUCACAACCAAAUUUCCCUUAUUAUCGGCAUUCUCGGAACACCUACAAUGGAUGAUUUUAAUCAAAUAAAGUCGCGGAGGGCCAGGGAUUAUAUUCGUUCCCUGCCGUUGACGAAACGUGUGCCGUUUAAAGCUCUUCUUCCAAACGCGAACCCUCUGGCCAUUGAUUUAUUGGAGCGCAUGUUAACGUUAAAUCCAGAGAAGAGAAUAACUGUUGACGAAGCAUUAGGGCAUCCUUAUGUCGCCGCAUAUCAUGAUCCCACUGAUGAACCCGUCACUUCUCCCAUUCCUCAACAAUAUAUCGAUAUUGAAUCGAACAAGGAGCGAUUAACGACAUCAACUCUUAAGUCGAUGUUAUAUCAUGAAAUUCUAUGCUAG